UGAGCAUACCUCUUGGCCUUUCCGUCCCUGCGUUUACCCCCCAUGCCAUAUCCGUGUCUCUUCCCACUUGGAAAGACAAUGUAGACUACGAGGAAGCAGAAAAACGCGUGGUUGAUGCUAUGGUGACUGGAUAUCCCCGGUUCUUCAUUCACCUGAGUAUCCGCAAGCUUGCCUCUAUAUGCGAGCAGAAAUUUGGGGCUCGGAAUGAACUAUGUCUGCUAGUUCCAUCACAGAAGAUCGCCGCUGAAUGCCGUUCGUUCAUGGAAAUCCGUUCGAAGAAUGAGGGCACUCCGAUCGUCCCAAGACUCAUUCAUUUCAACAUCUUUCCUGAGGACAAGCAAAAUCAAGGUCCCUGUGUCGACGAAACAUCUGUGACUUUGUCCUCCAUCUCAGCUAGCCUGCAUAUCGUGUUGUUUCCGGAACAGGCAUUCGGCUUUGCGAAGCAGUUUUGGCAGCACACCGGUCUUGGAAUUUCCAGCCGACUUGCGGAGCAUUGUUUGUCCCUAUUGCCAGUGGAGACGACAUUUGUCCCCAAUGGAUUGCAACAUACCCCGCGGAGAGCGUACAACAAGCAUUACUCCGCCAAGGCAAAGCCUUCUUCUCCUACGGAAAGCGUGGGGCGUAACAUUGACGACCUCAGUCUCGAUCACUCGAUGUACGUCGAAGAACGCUACGGCCGCAAUCUUCCGCUCUCGGCGGCCGCAACUGCGAAGCGCGCAUUGCGCAUGAGGAUUGCUGGUGUUCUUGUGCGCGACGCGCCUUUAGAAUCAUCUGACGCGCUGGACAACGGGGACAAGAACGCGGAUGUGGCGGCUGUUGGGCGUGGAGUAGAUGGAUUGUCGGAGGACGAUGUGUUUCUGUAUCCCACUGGGAUGGCCGCCAUCUGGAAUUCUCACCAGCUCUGCCUAGCUGUGAGACCAGCCAAAAAGAGCGUCUGCCUAGGGUUUACCUACACGGACACUCUGAAAUUGCUGGAAAAGUGGGGACCAGGAUGCCAUUUCAUCGGGGAUGGGAAUUUGGACAGUCUCGAGCAGAUUCUGGAGCAACAAUCCGCAUCCGAUCCCGUCAACCCUCCCAUUCUGGCUGUCUUCCUCGAAAUUCCUUCCAAUCCUCUGCUCCGAACAGCUGAUCUCCCGCGACUCCGCAGUCUCGCAGACAAAUACAAGUUCCUAGUCGUCAUUGACGAGACCGUCGGCAACUUUUUGAAUGUCGCGGUCAUCCAAUAUGCAGAUAUCGUCGUCAGCAGCCUCACCAAAGUGUUCAGUGGCUACUCCAACGUCAUGGGCGGAAGUCUUUGCCUCAAUCCUCAAUCGUCUUACUACGCGAGUCUGAAAUCGCACAUGACAGCUAGCUACGAGGACACCUACUUUGACGAGGACGCCAUCUACAUGGAGCGAAACUCCCGUGACUUUCGGCGACGCGUCAAAGUGAUCGACAGAAACGCAAGAGCCGUUUGCGAGUACCUACGGUCCAAAUCUAUUGCAGGUGGCAGCUCUUCGCCGAUCGUCAAAGAGGUGUUCUAUCCUCGAUAUGUCACGACGGAAAACUACGAACGCUGCCGAAUUCCGGGUGACCCAGCCCAGGGCAUCGAGGAGGGGGGUUACGGCGGUCUUUUCUCUGUGACGUUCGCCUCCAUGGCGCUCGCAUCCACUUUCUUCGACAAUCUGUCCUGCAACAAGGGCCCCAGUCUUGGCACCAACUUCACACUCGCAUGCCCGUAUGCCAUUCUUGCGCAUUACGCGGAGUUGGACUGGGCUGCGACGCACGGCGUGGAAUCGACCAUGAUUCGCGUCAGUGUCGGCAUGGAAGACUUGGACGUCCUCCUGGCUUGCUUCCAGACUGCGUGUGAAGCCACUGAGAAGCUCGCAGAGUCUUCUCGAUGAUAUAAUCCACCUAUUCUCACCCACCAUUAUUCACUCCUCCAACAGGACUUUCCAAUGCAAUCAGAUCUAAUGUAUCCAACUACAGCCAAUAUGUAUCUAUAGUCUUGCAUAAAACAGCUACUUCUUCGGUUUCUUGACACUGUACGACUUUUAGAUCAGCCCGUGACGAAUGAGUCGAGAACAUACCCGUAUCGACUGCGAGCACGCAUACGGUUGACAACACCACCCAGGUCCAAGGUUCCACGCACGAUUUUGUAUCUAAAAGACUCAGAGACAAGCAGUGAGAAGCAAACAAGGCACCUACUGCACACCAGGCAAAUCCUGCGCACGACCUCCUCUCACUAAAACGACACUAUGCUCCUGCAGGUUGUGCCCUUCUCCCAUGAUGUACGCCAUGCACGAUUUUCCGGUCGACAGCUUCACACGGGCGACUUUCCGCUUGCCGGAGUUGGGUUUUUUAGGUUUGGCGACAAACACUUCGGAGCAAACACCCUUCCGCUGGGGAGAGUUCUCUAGCAGAGGAGACGCCGACUUUUGGCUUCGUCGCUGAUGCUUGUUCCGGCACGACUGAUUCAGAGUUCGGUGAGCUGCUGGUGUAGCAUGGAAAGAGCGGAGUUGGGGGAGAAUUCGAGAUUGUACGGGAGGCCUCGACGAAGCUGCAGAAGCUCUCAAUGCUAGGCCGGUCGCAUGAGUUGCCCAGGGCUGUCCAAGGGACCUCAACGCAGCUAACAUCGGAA